GGACGGAUGGGGUCGGACGCGCGGGACCUGAACACCCUGCUCCCUGGGGGGGGCGGGAGCUGCGCCCUGCCCGUCAGCAGCGCCCCCCAGUGGGGGCCCCCGGUGCUGGACUUCCACCCGGGCUCCCCCUACGGCGCGCUGCCCUCGCACUCCUUCAUCAAGCAGGAGCCGGGCUGGAGCCCCGCCGACCCCCACGAGGACCCGCACUGCGGCCUCAGCGCCUUCACCGUGCACUUCUCCGGCCAGUUCACCGGCACGGGCGCCUGCCGCUACGGCGCGUUCGGGGCCCCCCCGCCCAGCCAGGCCCCCCCCACCCAGCCCCGCAUGUUCGCCAACGGACCCUACCUGCCAAACUGUAUGGAGAACCAACCCACCUCCAGGAGCCAGGGUUACAGCGCGAUGGCGUUUGAUAGUGCUCCAAACUACGGCCACACCCCCAGCCACCACUCCACCCAGUUCCCCAACCACUCCUUCAAGCACGAGGACACCCUGCCUCAGCAGACCAACAUGGGAGAGCAGCAGUACCCUGUCCCACCUCCAGUCUAUGGCUGCCACACCCCAUCAGACAGCUGUGCAGGGAGCCAGGCACUGCUCCUGAGGAACCCCUACAACAGUGAUAAUAUAUACCAAAUGGCAUCGCAGCUGGAAUGUGUGGCUUGGAACCCUGUUAACACGCUGGCAUCCACCAUCAAGAGUGUUUCUGCCUCCACAACAUCUGCUUUCCUGUGGUCCCUCCACAGCCACGGGACCGGGUACGAGAGUGAUCCUAACACCCCUCUGAUGUACAGCUGCAGCACGCAGUACCGUAUCCACACCCACGGGAUGUUCCGGGGACUCCAGGACGUGAGGCGUGUCCCGGGCAUCGCCCCGGCGAUCGUGAGGUCAUCAGAGACCAACGAGAAGCGCCCCUUCAUGUGCGCCUACCCCGGCUGCAACAGAAGAUACUUCAAACUGUCCCACUUACAGAUGCACAGCAGGAAACACACAGGGGAGAAGCCUUACCAGUGCGACUUCACCGACUGUGGCCGGAGGUUCUCCAGGUCCGACCAGCUCAAGAGGCAUCAGCGGAGGCACACAGGGGUUAAACCAUUCCAGUGCGAGACCUGUCAGAGAAAAUUCUCACGGUCUGACCACCUUAAGACCCACACCCGGACUCAUACAGGCGAGAAGCCGUUCAGUUGCCGGUGGCCCAACUGUCAGAAGAAGUUUGCCAGGUCAGACGAGCUGGUCCGCCAUCACAACAUGCACCAGAGGAACCUGAGCAAGCUGCAGCUGGUGCACUGACCAGGGAAGCCUCCAGCAACGGCCCCACCAAUCACAGACUCUCACAUAUCCAUUCCACUUAUGGCCUGGGGCAAAGCGGGCAUGGCCUCACAGGAAACCAAUCAGAUUGAGGCUGAUGUCACCGGUUAACAUCCUGAACAGUCCCUUACCCAUAAAGGAACAGUCAUUCCUGUUGCGUCCUGCGUCCUGUGUCCUGUUUUAUGAAACAUAGCUAUGUCCGUCCCAUUCAGUGGGGAAGUCUGACUUUCCUGCACUGUCCUUUUCCAAACAUAAUCAAAUCCUCAGCUUCAUUUUUUAAUGAGCGACCGUAAGCAUUCUGAAAAUAACUUAUCAACAUUUUCGAAAAGAAAACACUGUAUCAGUUUCUGAAAAUAUAGUUUGUGAAGAGAGAUAGUUGUGUUUUUGGACCCAAACAUCUUAUGGUUGAUGAUUAAAAUUCAUCCUGAUCUGGACAGUAAAUUUCACUUGCACACUGCUGUUAUUUUUAAUGACCAAAUUGUAAAACAAUGGCCAAGUGCGGCUCUUUCCAAGGAAGAUCCUCUUACUUUGACAGGAACUGUGCCAAAGGGCCUUGAGUCUAGAGUUUGUAAAAAUGCAGAAGUCGCACAGGUUCUGUGGCUCUGUGUCAUGUUAAGAGUGCUGGUCCACGGCUACCAUAAUCUCCCCAUGGAAAAGAAUACAUAAAAAUAACUUAAUUUUUGCUGUUAAGAGUAAAAUUGUAAAAAGUAUGAUGGAAAUGUUGUAGUUUGUUUUUGUUUUUUAAGAAAAUGUGUAUUAAUUAUUGUGCAUAUGUCUGAUAACCUAGUUACCAUUGAAACAUUAGACAGUUUGUCAUACUUAAGAAAUUGAUGUUGUUCCCCUCUUAAAUGUGUGGAGUAUGUUGCUUUUGUUUUCUGCCCUGCUCUGAAUUAAAGCCCGCUUGUGGUGAAUCCUGGGUUCAGGGGAAGGUGUUGGGUUUCUGUGGGCUCCACUAAGCGCUGGACACAGCCAAUGAAGAGCCCCAACAUGCUUAACCUGUCCAUGUCCUGACCACUCUCAAUACACACCUGACAGGGCCAGAGAUGAGAGAGUUCACUGCUGUCUGGUU